AUGGACAGCGCUAUCUUAUCUUCUAGUCCUUCUCUUACAUCAGAUUAUGUACUAUUGGUUUCGUACUUUGGAGGACAUGGAAAUAUUAAUAGUUUGGCUUUUUGGCGACGUCAAUUUUAUUGUGUGUCAUGGUCGAGCAAAAUUGAGUUUUAGAUAUUCCGGGGUCAGGGCCUCAACCAAGCGUAGUAGAACCCCACUUGCUUAUGCAAUUGGAGGAUCAUAUAUGGCAUGACGACCGCUCAAUGCAAUUCUAUCUAGUUGACAUAUCGGGUUCGCUAUUACUUGUAACCUGAUUUGCCCGUUAUUAUGGUCCAAAGCGCAUGGAAUGGUCUUCUCAUCGUUCUCACAAGACCACUGAAUUUAAAUUGUUUGAAUUAGAUAUAAUCAAUGGUGAAGUGAAGAAGGAGAUCAAUACCUUGGGAGAGUCGGCCAUCUUUUUGGACCGUAAUGGACCAAUUUCCAUCGACUCCUCCAAAUUUAAAGGAGUCGAGCCUAAUUAUAUAUAUUUUACCAAUGAUUGGUAUGAUCAUUUUGGAAUGGAAUGCGGUAAAAGAGAUACGGGGACUUACAAUCUUGAAACUGAAGAAAUUGAAAAUUUCUAUCCUGAAUUGUCCCUAAGUCCUGCUUACCCGCUAACUUGGAUUACACCAUCAUUCCAUGAUAAUCCUGCAAAAAAUCCAGAAGCUGCAAUUGAAAAUGGAGACUCAGCUAGUUUAAACGAAAUUCUUAACUUCAAAGGGCUGCAGAAGGUGGAGAGAUGGUGGAGUAGUGGGAAAAAAAAUAAUCUCAAACAAGUUUCCAGGUCUGCGAUUCCCUGAAUGAAUUGCAAAAUUUAGCAAUCAUAGGCAAGCCAAGGAACAAGAACAAGGGCUUAGACCUGCGUGUUGGAUCUGACUUUCCAGUUAGUCGUCCAGCAAGUCAGUCCAGAAUUAGGGACCUUAACAUCUUAUUUCUGUCAAUGUGGGAUUUCUCGGUGAGUUUGUUUUUUUCUUCUCUUUUUGGUCUGGUGAGUGUUGUGCACAACUCUUGUGGAUCUGUAUUCUGAACUGCAUAUAAAUCUUUCCCAUAUUAAGCUUUGAUAUUUCAUGAAUGCCUAUCUGAGUUCUGAUGUUUGUGCUAGUAUGCUAGUGCACUAGCGAAAUCCAGAAGAUUAUGAUGCACUUUAUAAUUGGGCACUGGUUCUUCAGGUAAUUUGGUUUCUCUGUUUUCUGGACUGCUUGUUUUACAAUUUCCUUUUUGUCAUCUUAUGAAAUCUUUUUCCAGGAAAGAUCUAUAGAAAAGGAAAAAGAAUGUGAGAAAGAGAAACCCCAUUAUCUAUGUAUAAUGAUCCGUCUCUUCCUUUUAUAGAGAAACCCCGGUUGUUAUG